UACGGCCGCGCUCCGCACCGAGGAGGGAGGGAGGGAAACUCCGGACCAGAGACAAAGGGGGGGGGCCGAGUCGGGAACAUCCGGGUCAUUCGCUGCUGCUUCAAUCCGGGACACGCGCGAGUGCUGCGGCCGAUCACGAAGGACUGUGAAUAUGUCUGGCAUAGCUCUUAGCAGACUGGCACAGGAGAGAAAAGCCUGGAGAAAAGAUCAUCCAUUUGGAUUUGUAGCAGUACCCACGAAAAAUCCAGAUGGCACAAUGAAUCUAAUGAACUGGGAGUGUGCUAUUCCAGGAAAGAAAGGGACACCAUGGGAAGGAGGCUUAUUUAAAUUACGGAUGCUUUUCAAGGAUGACUACCCUUCUUCACCCCCAAAAUGUAAAUUUGAGCCACCAUUAUUCCACCCAAACGUGUAUCCUUCAGGCACAGUGUGUCUCUCCAUCUUAGAGGAGGAUAAGGACUGGAGGCCAGCAAUCACAAUUAAACAGAUCUUGUUAGGAAUACAAGAACUUCUAAAUGAACCAAAUAUUCAAGACCCAGCUCAAGCAGAGGCUUACACAAUUUACUGCCAAAACAGAGUGGAAUAUGAAAAGAGGGUUCGAGCACAAGCCAAGAAGUUUGCACCAUCAUAAGCAUCUGUCAUGCAGCAUCUUGUAAAGGAAGGGAUUGGUUUGGCAAGAACUUGUUUACAAAACUUUUGCAAAAUCUAAUGUUGCUAUGUACAAUUAAUAUCCACUUAGGGGAGGGGGUUGUAUGUGUGCCAUUUUCCAUAUUCGCCACUUGUAUACAGUUCUAAAUUUGCUGAAUUGCCCCCAGUUUUUUCAUACAGGGUCUCUUCCUUCAGUCUUUUGUAUUUUUGAUUGUUAUGUAAAACUUGCUUUUAUUUUAAUAUUGAUGUCAGUAUUUCAACUGCUGUAAAAUUACAACCUUUUAUACUUCUAUAAAUUCACUAGUAUCUCUAGUUCCUUUGCUCUGAUGCAGGCAUGCUUUAAAAUGUUAGAACUAUAUUUAGCCUCUAGCUGGCUGUAUGGAAAAAAAAACACCACAAAAAUCAUGCCCUCCAACCCCUUCCCUCACUGAAUUCGGUUUUAUAUCCUUGAGAAACUAGGCUGUUACUGCUUAAGAGCCUCCAAGAUCCAAAGUCAGCCAGCAUCCUUAUUCUGCAUCACUUCCUCUGUGUUUAUAUGGCAUUCUGUCUGUGUUGCUGUUUAGAAUAAAUAAACUGUUUAUAUAAAGGGCUUUGUUUCAUUUAUCUUCAUUAAAAUGAUUAAAAGAUUGCCAUUUAAAUGGCUCUGAACACAAUUCAGUGCAAGUCCUAUUUUUAAGGCCUGUGAUGCUGCACUUACAUUUUGUUUAGAUGUUGCCCUCAUUUACUUUUCCUGCCUCCAACCCCAAAAUGAAUGCAGCCCCUCUUUGGGCCCUGAGUGGUAAUUGCAGCUGUUCAACUUUGAAUACAGAAUUCUGAUUAGCUAGAGACCAGUUGCUUACUGUGCAUAGUGAGAUCAGUAUGCUGGUGUGAUCACAUUAACAUAAUAUAACACAAGCAUUAGACUGAUGUGAACAAUAAUAGAAAGAAUGUCCAAGGAAUGCAACGGGACCUACAGCAACCGGGCAUUUUAAAUGGUACUUGUUUAUCAGGAAUACUUCUGUGCCUUCUUCCAUAUGUCAAUGUAUAGAGCUUUUAGGAAAAGGACGUGCAUAAUGCAAUUAAAGUUCCCUUCUGUAAAGUUAAAUUAUGUAAGUUAUUUUCAUGUAUGUCAAUCUGAUGUGCCCUCCAUUAAACUUUCACUGCUUUUUAAUUA